CCCAGGAGCGCAGAGAGAGAGAGAGAGAGAGAGAGAGAGGGGAAGGAAAAGUUUGCCAAAUGGAUUUCUUUAGCGGAGUCAGACCUUUAUUAUUUUCAUAUGUACUCAUUAACGGCAUACUAAUUACUCUACAGACUAAAGAAGAGGUGCUUUUGGACAUGAGGGCAACAGGAGGUGAACUGGGCUGGCUGACAUGGCCUUUAGAUCAGGGAGACAGGUCCGGGUGGGAGGUCACCCAGAAGACCCUGAACGGCUCUCAGUUCUAUGCCUACUCUGUCUGCAAUGUUGGAGAACCUGAGCAGGACAACUGGCUGCGCACCACCUUCAUCCAGCGGCGUCCGUCGGCUUCGCGGGUUUUUGUCGAACUCCAGUUCAUUGUACGCGAUUGCAACUCUUUUGAUGCCACCUCGCUGACCUGCAAGGAAACCUUCAACCUCUACACAUCCGAGUCGGAUGCAGACGUGGGCACUGCCUUCCGCAAAGGUCAGUUUAAGAAGGUGGCCACCAUUGCGCCUGAUGAGAUCACCAGCAGGGAUGAACUGCACAUCAACACCGAGACAAGAGUGGUGGAGAACCUCUCUCGGAAAGGUUUCUACUUGGCUUUUCAAGACAUAGGAGCCUGCAUCGCUCUCCUUUCCACCAGGGUCUACUACAAAACAUGCCCAGCAACAGUGAAGAGUCUUGCAUCAUUCCCCGAAACCGUGGCUGGAGGUGAGAACCUGGCGCUGAGGGAAGUGAGCGGGGAGUGUGUGGAUAACGCCAUCAGUGAGGAGCUGCCUCGCAUCUACUGCACCGUGGAUGGGGAGUGGGUGGUACCAGUUGGACAUUGCCAGUGCAAACCGGGCUAUGAACAAGUCAAAGAUGCGUGUCAAGAAUGUCAGCCUGGCUUCUUCAAAGCUGCAGCAUCCAAUGAGAAGUGUGAGCAGUGUCCUGCCAACACCCAGAAGCUAGACUCUGGGGCUUUAUUUUGUCCCUGUGUGGAUGGCUUCUACCGGGCCCCAGCUGACCCCCUUUCUGGACCCUGCUCAGGCAUCCCCUCUGCCCCACGAGACCUCGUGGCCACCACCACCCAGCUCUCCGCGGGAAAACUCCUCCUCUCCUGGAGCCCGCCUGAAGACACCGGAGGUCGAACAGACAUCACCUACAGCGUUGAGUGCCAACGCUGCGAGGGCAUUGUGUGCCAGCCCUGUGGAGAGAAAAUCCGCUACGAGCCAGCCAGCACGGGCCUGACCGACACCAAGGUUUCAGUGAGCGAGUUGGACGCUCAUCUCAACUACACUUUCACUGUGCAGGCACACAGUGGCGUGUCGAUGUUUGCCAGUCAGGGGACGCCACAGAGACCACCAUCCACCAGCGCUCUGACUACAUCGCUGCACUUCACAGACCCCCCCAAGAUUACCACGAUGCGAUUGGUUGAGAGGACCUCCACCAGCUUGUCCCUUUCCUGGGAUGUAUCUCCCCGACCACGCAUCCAACCCCGGCCCAUCCGCUAUGAACUUACCUACCGCAAGAAGGAUGAUAACCUGGAUGUGACAACCUACAUCGUGCUCAUACUGGAGAAGAAUUUUGUGCAUAUCAACGAUCUGACCCCGGGCACAGCUUACCUGUUCAGGGUGCAGGCCCUUGGCAGCGAUGGCAGCCAGGGAGGCUCCAGCAUGGAGGAGCAGUUUGAGACCUCGCCUGAAGGACGCCUCACCCAAAACAACACAGCAGUCAUCUUUGGCGCAGCAGUUGGAGGAGCGGCCAUGUUGUUCAUAGUGGUUGUGGUCCUGUUCCUCCGCAGAAGGAAGAGAAACUCUCACACCAGGCAAGGACCAGAGGACACCUACUUCGCCAGCUCAGAGCAAUUGAAGCCUUUGAAGACCUAUGUGGACCCACACACAUACGAGGACCCCAACAUAGCCGUCCUGAAGUUUGCCACUGAAAUCCACCCCAGCCACAUAACCAAACAGAAAGUCAUUGGGGCUGGGGAGUUUGGGGAGGUGUACCGUGGCAUUCUGAAGGUGCCUGGGAGGAAAGAAGUGGCGGUGGCAAUUAAGACGUUGAAGCCUGGUUACACUGAGAAGCAGAGGCAGGACUUUCUAAGUGAGGCCUCCAUCAUGGGCCAGUUCUCCCACCAGAACAUCAUUCGCUUGGAGGGAGUGGUCACCAAAUUCAAACACGCCAUGAUCGUGACUGAAUACAUGGAGAAUGGAGCACUGGACAGGUACCUUAAGGACCAUGAUGGCGAGUUUCCCUCCUUCCAGCUGGUGGGCAUGCUGCGCGGCAUAGCUGCAGGCAUGAAGUACCUCUCUGACAUGAGCUACGUCCACCGUGACCUAGCUGCCCGCAACAUCCUCGUCAACAACACCCUGGAGUGUAAAGUGUCAGACUUCGGACUGUCCAGGGUGCUGGAGGAUGAUCCUGAGGGAACAUAUACCACAAGCGGAGGUAAGAUCCCCAUUCGCUGGACGGCUCCAGAGGCAAUAGCAUACAGGAAGUUCACCUCAGCUAGUGAUGUGUGGAGUUUUGGCAUCGUCAUGUGGGAGGUCAUGGCCUUUGGCGAAAGGCCUUACUGGGACAUGAGUAACCACGAGGUGAUGAAGGCCAUCAAUGAGGCUUUUAGGCUGCCGGCGCCAAUGGACUGUCCCUCGGCUGUUUACCAGCUGAUGCUGCAGUGCUGGCUCCAGGAUCGCUCAAAGAGGCCGCGCUUCGGAGACAUUGUCAACCUGUUGGACAAGCUGCUGCGAAGCCCAGACUCCCUGAAGACCAUCGCAGACUUUGACCCGCGCGUAUCCAUCCGACUCCCAAGCACCAGCGGCUCAGACGGGUCCCCGUUUAGGUCGGUGUCUGAGUGGCUGGAGUCCAUCAAGAUGAGUCAGUACAGUGAGAACUUCACCUGCGCCGGCGUGGUCACCAUGGACCAGGUUCUGCAGAUGAAGAAUGAGGAUAUUAAGAACAUCGGGGUGAGGCUGCCCGGCCAUUUGAAAAGAAUCGCCUACAGCAUCUUGGGUUUAAAGGACCAGACCAGCACCCUGAGCGUCUUUGCAGUGUGAUCCAGACAACGAAGGGAAUUUAAAUUUGGGCACUGAAGCAGGCGGCCCUUUGGACUCUAAUCUGAGCUAGAGCGAAACUGCAGGGACGGCCUCAGAAUGGCAGGACCAAGAAACUGCGCCAACAAUUGGGGCCGACUGAAUCGGACUGACUUACUGUACAUUUUUUAAUUUCUUCAUCUUAUCCGCACGGGAAUCAAGCAAAUAUACGACAAUAGAUGUAUCAAGUAGACUCUGUAUAUUUAGAUAUCUAUUUUUAUUAUCCAUGCUUUCUGUACAGUUACAAUUUAUUUUUCCCCCUUCAUUUCGCAUUCCUGCUUCAUGAAAAUCAAGCCAGUUCCGGGAACGGCUUUACAAAAAUUGCACCCUGAGCUUGUUGCAUCCAGUAUCAAACAAACAAGGGGAGCGCAGUAAGUGUGAUUGCGUGGGCCUGAUGUCACAGCGUCUCCCUGUAAUUGGCACUUUGGUCCACUUCCUGUCUGACCGAUGAGGAUGGAACGUUGUCGCGAGGGCUGAAAUGAGCUUGAGCUGGCCCAGAGUUAAAGAGACGGUGUUGCUUAGGUGUAUAAACACAGACGGACCUGGUGUUGUUACUGGCCUUCUGCUGGCUCCAGGAAUUAAGCUAUAAUCAUAUAAGCGAUGUUAUAUGAAAGAGAGAGGAUAUAUAUGAGGUACUCUUUGUGUAUAGAUUACCAAAAACAUUGGGAUUCAAAUUUUUUAUGUCGCACUUAGAUCAAGAAUCUCAUUGUCUUGGUAUGGUUCAGAAAUGGCAAGAAAAGAGCGAUUACACACAAAAUCUUGAAUGAAAAUGAAAUGUAUCGAAGCACAGGCGUAGACUCAGGGGGGAUGCAGGGGGCACGUGCCCCUCAAUAUUUAAUGGGGGUAAAAAAUUAAAGUAAGAUAUUUCCAUUAUAAACUGAUGCAGAGUGGUGCAUAAACAAUCAGCAGAAUGCAGGAAAUUAAAUGUUUGACCCUUCAAAUUUUCUGGCAAGGACCCCCAAAACCCGCAAUUUUCUUUCUGUCCCCCCAAAUGUUAAAACAAAACCUACGCACUAUCGAACUGAUGAAUAGUGUGAAUGAAAGCAAUUAGAAAGCAAUCUAUCUGUUUUUUUUAGCAUGCCGGUAAUGAAGAGGCAAAGGGUGAAGUUUGCCUAAAAUGCAAAAGCCCGGGAGGAAAAAAAAGAGUUAAUGAUGAUGAUGUGGUUGAAAUGAUUUCAUACUUAAUAAUAGUUUGGUUUGCAAUUUCAAUGUCUCAUUUAGUUUAUUAGAGGCUAUACCAUUAUCCAUUCAUAUUUUUGUUGGUUUGAGUAACAUGUUGAGGGGAUGAAACUAUAUGCUUUAUCGAUUAAGCAGCUCGUCCCAGACAUUCAAAGACAUUUGAAAGUGCCUGUUUUUAGAAAAUUAGCCGGAGUUUGCUUCUGUGUGUUUGAACGAAGCAGCUCUCCAGUGUAGUGGGAAGUGUAAAGCGGACAGUUUCCCCAGUGCUCUUAAUUGAUGACUGCAAAUCAUUGUGUUACUGAUGUACACCUUCCUUUACUUGAAUUUUUACUGUUUUUUUAUUACUCUGGUUUACUGGUUGCAAUUACAUUUUGUACAAUUUUUGUAUGAUUUCUCUAUAUUACCAAAUUGAUUAUUUUUCUAAGUUCCCAUCACUUUCCAAAGCAAUGUCUUCUACCUUGGCUGCCUUUCCAAACAUUUUGAGAGUUCCUUCAACAAAAAAAAACAAACUCCUUUCUUUUGCCUGUUGUUUUAUACUGUAUUUAAUAGCCUAUUUAUUUUUUACUUUUAUUUAUUUAUGCUGAUAAACAUUGAGCUGGGAUUAUAAUUGAAGGUUGUGCUCUCAUUCUCAAUAAUAAUAAUAAUAAUAAAAAAAGCUCUAAUGUCCUUUUUUUAAAUUUCUGAAUUAUUUCUGUGAUCUUGAGAUUGCAUUUGUGGAGCAAUAAAGUCCUAAAUUGAAUUUGGCAAA